UGGCGCAUUGAGUAUGCGCAGUGAGUGUAAACAGGAAGAGAAGAAUUAGACUCUUAACGAACGAGACGUGAGAAAUAAUACGUGGCUACUGUUUAUUUAUUUUUUCGUUAAUUAGCUCGUUACGUUUAUGUACACGACGUUUAUUUAAUCGUACGAAAUAUGUGUCCUACAGCGGAACAGUGAAACAAGGUCUGCCAGAGGAAAGAGAUAGUUAGCGUUAAUGUUCCGUUAUCUAGCUAAUUGCUAAUAGCUAACGGCUCUGACAGGAUUUUGACGCUCUGGCAAAUCUCGUUAGCUUAAAUGGCUAAAUAAACAGUUGCGUGAACGGAAAAGACUUGUUAUAAAUAUUGCUAGAUUGCCAUAGUUACAGAGUGACUUUAAAUUUGCAUUUUUAUAGCCGACGCUAUGGCCCACUAACAUAACCGCGACCUAAUAUAUAGCUAGCAAAGUUAGCCACUUCUGAGAAAAAAAGACGUUUUCACUAUUUAGCGACGUUUUUUAAAUUGCAUUAGCUGCUCGUGGAAAUGGUUCAGAAAGAUAAAUUAGUGGACUUGUCCCAGUCGGACCCUGAGCCGUGUCCAGGAGGGACGGAGGUCGGUGUGGUGGAGGUCCAGAGCUCAGGAGAAGAACACAGGGUCGUGGCUGAGAGAACAGGCCGCAGGAAAUUCAUCAGCGGUGUUGUUGAGGGCUUUUAUGGUCGACCAUGGACAAUGGAACAAAGAAAAGAGUUAUUUCGGAGACAGCAGAAAUGGGGAUUAAACACCUAUCUGUAUGCACCUAAAGACGACUACAAACAUAGAAUGUUCUGGAGAGAGAUGUACUCUGUGGAGGAAGCAGAACAACUUAUGAUCCUGAUAAGUUCUGCAAAAGAGCAUGGAAUUGAGUUUAUUUAUGCCAUUUCACCUGGCCUGGAUAUAACAUUUUCAAACCAGAAGGAGAUUUCUACACUGAAAAGAAAAUUAGACCAAGUCUCUCAUUUUGGAUGCAAGUCAUUUGCUGUACUUUUCGAUGAUAUUGAUCACAACAUGUGUCCGGCUGACAAAGAAGUAUUUAGUUCAUUUGCACAUGCACAAGUUUCUAUUACCAAUGAGAUCUACCAGUAUUUGGGAGAGCCUGAAACAUUUUUGUUUUGCCCCACAGAAUACUGUGGAACGUUUUGUUACCCAAACGUGGCCCAGUCUCCUUACCUGCGUACUGUUGGUGAAAAGCUCCUGCCUGGCAUUGACGUUUUGUGGACGGGUCCAAAAGUAGUUUCUAAAGACAUAACGGUAGAGUCUAUUGAAGAGGUGACAAAAAUCCUGAGGAGACCGCCUGUCAUCUGGGACAACAUUCAUGCCAAUGACUAUGAUCAGAAGCGGUUGUUUCUUGGCCCUUAUAAAGGCAGGUCCACAGAACUGAUCCCUAGGCUAAAAGGAGUCCUCACCAACCCCAAUUGUGAAUUUGAGACCAACUUUGUGGCAAUUCACACAUUAGCAACAUGGUAUAAGUCUAAUAUGAAUGGAGUGAGAAAGGAUGUUGUCAUGACAGACAGUGAAGACAGUACAGUGUCCAUUCAAAUAAAAUUGGAGAAUGAAGGAAGUGAUGAGGAGUUGGAGACAGACAUACUUUAUAGUCCACAGAUUGCCCUUAAACUGGCUCUUACUGAGUGGCUCAGCGAGUUUGGAGUGCCUCACCAGUACAACAGCCGUCAGGGAACUCUCGGUGGUCCGAAGAGUGCCACCAUUGAUGUGCCUUCCAUGACUACUCCCACUCUAGGAUCGUCCACUAUAGUAACCACAGUUUUCCAACAGCCCAUUAUGAGCCCUGCUGCUCCUCUCAGUGAGGAUUCACACACCCUGCACAAAGAGGAGGAGGAAGUGGAGGUGGAAGUAGAGAAGAAGGAUUCAGAUGAAGAGCCCAUGGAGAUGGUGUUAGAGAAACAGGAUGAAGUAGAGGAUGCCAAGAAUGUCAAUCAGAUCCUCACAAAAAUUGUUAAAGCUGCUAUGACUGAGGAGCUCAAACCCAUGGACACUGAUAAGGAGAGCAUAUCAAAGACUCCAGAGAUGUCAGUUCAGGAGGACUCCAGCAGUGACAUUGCACCCAUGCAGACUGAUGAGCAGCUUAAUAAAGAAAUGUUUGUUCCAGGGCCUGAUGAGACACCUCUGUACACAGCUGAGGCACUCACAUUGGAGGACCUGUCUCUGUUGGCAGAACUGUUUUACUUGCCAUAUGAGCAUGGUCCUAAAGCAGUGCAGAUGCUCAAAGAGUUCAACUGGCUCAGGGCUAACACCAGCAUUGUUAGUGUAAACUCCAAAUGUAAGGACUCUGAGAAAGUAACUGAGUGGCACACCAGAGCAGAAAAUUUCGAGAAGAUGUGUUGUGCUGUCAUGCAGAUGUUCACCCGACUCUCCAACUCGGCCAAUCGAACCAUUUUGUAUGAUUUGUAUCCCUAUAUCUGGGAUAUAAAAAGUAUCAUCUCUAUGGUGAAAUCAUUUGUCCAGUGGUUAGGGUGUCGUAGUCAGUCCUCAGCACAGUUCUUAAGUGGAGACCAAGAGCCCUGGGCCUUUAGGGGCGGUCUAGCGGGAGAGUUCCAGCGACUCUUGCCAAUAGAUGGGGCAAACGACCUUUUCUUUCAGCCACCACCAUCAAUGCCAACUUCCAAAAUCUAUUCCAUAAGGCCUUACUUUCCUAAAGAUGAGGCUGCUGUCUAUAAGAUCUGCAGGGAAAUGUACACAGAGGGAUGUGAGGAUAUUCCUUUUUCUGACCAGGAACCAGACCUGAUUGGGGACAGGUUAGUGGGAGGGUUUUUGACACUUAGCCCAGACUAUGGCUUUGUCCUGGAGGAUGAAGAGGGGAUCUGUGGCUAUGCCUUAGGCACAGUGGACGUCAAGCCCUUUUUUAAGAAAUGCAAGAUGAACUGGAUUCCAUUCAUGCAAGAAAAGUAUAAUAAGCCUGAUUCAGAGAAGGAUCUGUCUGAGGCAGAGAAAAUGAUGCUAAGCUUUCAUGAGGAAGAGGACAAUUUGCCAGACUCAUUUCUUAGUAACUUCCCCUCACUCAUAAAGGUGGACAUUCAUGCCAAAGUAACAGACCCCAGUGUGGCCAAAAGCAUGAUGGGCUGUCUCCUUUCAUCCUUGAAGGAAAAUGGCUCUCAUGGUGCCUUUUGUGAGGUCCGUCAGAUCGACAAACGGAUGUUGGACUUCUAUGGCAAACUUGGCUGCUUUGAAGUAGCCAAAAUGGAGGGCUUUCCAAAAGAUGUAAUUAUAAUGGGAAGGAGUUUGUGAAAGGGAGCCAUGUGGAAGCCUAUUGCCCUCGAAAGAACUUGUACAAAGCUACAGUGUCUGCAUGAAAGACCUGGGGUGUCUUACUACCUGUAACAGUGUACACAUUGGUACCAUUGGUUGCACUCAUUGUGUGCUCUUCAGAAAUAUCUGAAAGUGUUUAAGUAACUUAUGUUGUAGCUGAUGGUUGCUCUACAUUGCAAAUCAGAGGGGUAUGUGUCUGUCUCUAUUUUAUUCUUUUUCUUCAAUGAGACCCUCUCUGGUCUUAAACUGUUUGAGCUGGCCACAUACCAUUUAGCUCGUUACACACGUAGAUGGUUACAUUGAAGACACAUUCACUAUAAUGCAGGUUUGACUGCGUGUAAAGUGCAACAUAAUUAGCAGAUUAAACUAUUAAACGAGAAAAAAUUCCAUGCCUUUUUUACUUUUAUUUUUCAAGCUUGAAUAACUAUUCAGCUGUACUCUGGAUGUUAGAGAUCAACUACUUUGUUUGGUUUCCAGCCACAAACAUUUAAAGCAGCAUUAGAAUUUUCAUGGCAUCUAUCUUUGGAUGUAUUCUCAGAAGUGAUGAAUUGGAAUUUGUUAAGAAUGCACAUAUAAGGAACUUGUAUGUCCUUAUAAUUGCAUGGACAUUUGUUUUUGCUUCAGUGUAAGGCAGUGUAAUUUGUGUAUCUUGAUGAUACAGCUGUGUUUUGGUCUGUUGACUUCAGUGUUUAGCGACUUAAUUUUAAGGGACUCCGACCCCCACACCACCCCUGGAAUGGUAUGAGGUUAUGUCAGUUGUAUAUCCAGUCUCAACCAAAAUGUAAAGUAAUCAAAACUUACAAAAAUACAGUUUGAUUUAGACACAUGCUUUUUUAUUUUUAUUUUAUAUAUAUUUUUUUUGUAUGAAAAAUAAUUAAAAAGGUUCUACAGAUU